ACUUCCUCUUUCCAGCACAUUUAAGGCCCAGCCUGGGCGGCUCCUGGGGAGGCCAAGCCUGCACCGCUGACAGCCAUGGGGGACACCUUCAUCCGCCACGUUGCCCUCCUGGGCUUCGAGAAGCGCUUCGUCCCCAGCCAGCACUACGUGUACAUGUUCCUGGUGAAGUGGCAGGACCUGUCUGAGAAGGUGGUGUACCGGCGCUUCACCGAGAUCUACGAGUUCCACAAAUUGUUAAAAGAAAUGUUCCCCAUCGAGGCCGGAGAGAUCAACCCCGAGAACAGGAUCAUCCCCCACCUCCCAGCUCCCAGGUGGUUUGACGGCCAGCGGGCGGCGGAGAGCCGCCAGGGCACGCUCACCGAGUACUGCAACGCGCUCAUGGGGCUGCCCGCCAAGAUCUCCCGCUGCCCACACCUCCUGGACUUCUUCAAGGUGCGCCCGGAUGACCUCAAGCUCCCCUCGGACAGCCAGGUGAAGAAGCCAGAGACAUACCUGAUGCCCAAAGAUGGCAAGAGUAACGCGGCAGAUAUCACGAGCCCCAUCAUCCUGCAGACGUACCGGGCCAUCGCCGACCACGGGAAGAACUCGGCCUCUGAGAUGGCCGUGGCCACAGGGGACAUCGUGGAGGUCGUGGAGAAGAGCGAGAGCGGCUGGUGGUUCUGCCAAAUGAAGGCCAAGCGUGGCUGGGUGCCAGCAUCCUUCCUGGAGCCCCUGGACAGUCCCGAUGAGGCAGAGGACCCAGAGCCCAACUAUGCAGGUGAGCCCUACAUCACCAUCAAAGCCUACACUGCCGUAGAGGAGGACGAGAUGUCUCUGUCCCAGGGGGAAACCAUCGAGGUCAUUCAUAAGCUCCUGGACGGCUGGUGGGUGGUCAGGAAGGAGGAUGUCACUGGCUACUUCCCGUCCAUGUACCUGCAGAAGUCGGGACAGGACCCGGCCCAGGCCCAGCGCCAGAUCAAGGGCCGAGGGGCGCCGCCCCGCAGGUCGACCAUCCGCAACGCGCACAGUAUCCACCAGCGGUCGCGGAAGCGCCUCAGCCAGGACUCCUAUCGUCGCAACAGCGUCCGUUUCCUGCAGCAGCGUCGCCGCWUGGCGCAACCAGGGCCGCAGAGUGCAGGGAGCCCUCGGGGGGAGAAUCCGCAGAGUCAGCGUGCGAAGCCGCAGCCCGCAGUGCCCCCGCGACCCAGCGCCGACCUCAUCCUGCACCGCUGCAGCGAGAGCACCAAGAGGAAGCUGGCGUCCGCCGUCUGAGGCGGGGCAGCCGUCCCGUACCCUGUCUGUGUGUGUACAUAGCCUGGUGUCUGCUGGGGCAGCCCUGGCCCCCWCCCCACGUGGCUAUCCGCCAUCCUGCAUGAAUGUUGCUUAGAGUGGACCGAGGCUCCGAAGAGAUAGGCUCCGCCCCAAGGGUGUUUCUAGGACGAGGAGAGGAGGCAGUGAGUUCUGCUGGGUGGAAGUUUCAAGAGCCAAGGGCCCAUUGCCUUGGCCUUGGCCAAGAACAGGUCUGCAGAAGGCCAAAUGCAAGAGGAACCCUGAGUCCCUCGCUGAUCUUUUGCCUGUACAGAAACCUCCCGUUCUGACUCUAGUUACACACAGAACAGUCCUAAAGGUGGGUGGAUGCAGCCCCGCUUCGAGACAGGAUAAGGGUUGCAGCCCAGGGUGAAGUGUGCCUAUGCAGACCCGGGACAAAAAAAAAAAGGUGAUUUAGGAAUGGAGGCUCCUCUGAUGAUUCCUGAGACGGGUCCCAGUUAAGAGGGUGUAACAGAAGGCUAAAUUCAUUAAUGAACACGGCCUCACCACUUCCCCAAACACUGCUGCUGGCCCACGGCCUCCAGGUCUCUCCUGGUGGGUCCUUCCCCAAAUGCAAAGCCACCGUGGGGCCGAGUGGAGUUGCAAAUCUUGCAUAAGAUUCUCUUGUCCAGAGGCCAUGGGGUGUGUGGAGAGCUGCUCCUCCUACAUGGGCAGUGGCUACUUGAGGAGGGGCAAAGCUGGUCCCCUUGGAGAUGAGCCUGCACGAAGGACAAAUCUUUCUAGAACCAUUUGACCAUCAAAGGAUUGACAGAGGCCUUGGGAAAGCCACCGGAGCCCCUACCUGGUUAGGAAUUUUGCAGAUCUUAUUUGCUGGAAAAGUCUGGCUUCAAUCACUAUCACACGCACUGUGGGAGAUCCAACGGCAGCCCCAACCCCUGCUUGUUCAGUGGCUCUUAUCUUUUUAUUAAAUAUAUCUUACUUAUUUUCAUCCUUUUUAAGUUUCAUAGUAGACCCCCUAAGUUGAAAUCCUGAUUAAACAUUGACCUCAUCUCUUCCAUACUUCUGGCCCCCUCCAAGUAACAUGUCAGUAGUAGCAUUCUGUGUGUGUGGGGUGGUCAGGGAGUCACCCGCAAGCCUGCACUUGCAUCCUAUAAGGGCCCGCUCCAGUCGGGCCUGCACUAUCUGUCGGCCAACGAUUUCCUCAAAGCUGAAUGCAGUGCUGGGCUCAUUUCAGCAUCUCUAGUUCUGAGAACAACCUGGCAGGUGGGUAUUUUAUAGAUGAGGGAACUGAAGCUGGGAAAUGCAGGCGAGUCAGGCCUUGUGGUGGGCACUGGGCUAGGGAAGCUGGGGGAGGUGGCCUGGCCCUCAUGGCCCUCUGAAGACCCCUAGUCCUAGGGCCUGUGUUGGAGGCGUGACUAGCUCUUUUCUCUGCCCAUCCCAUUUUCCCCUGAGGACAGGCACUGGGUUCCAUUGGGAGCAGGUGCAGUGUGGGGCGUGGUCUCUCCUUCCAGCUCCUGCCUUGUCUCUGUCAAAGCCCGAUCUGCACAGCUUCCCCAGGCGGCCAUCAGGCUGGGGGCCCCCCUUACUCAAGUGCCUUCCUCCGGAUCUGGAGAGUUCUGAGUUUGGGGUCGCUAAUUCCAGUGAUUAAUAGAGACUCUGGACACAGAUGCACGCCUACCUACCUACCUACCUGACUUCGAAGGUCAACGCCAGGAGGAAAGUGCUGUAAAGGAAAGGUGGUCACCCGGUUAACAGAUGGACCCGGAGGAUCGUGGAGAGCUGGAUAAAAUGCUACCCCAAUGUUCAACCUACUGACCUCYGUCUCCCAAUUAUGGUUAUAUAAGUGGACACUGUUAUUUUUAGAAAAUGUUCCCUGAAGUAUUUAGGGAUAAAUGAUGUAUGUAACCUUUUCUCAAAUGGCUUAGUUAAAAAUGCGUGUUUGUGCAGGCACAGUCACUCCUCCUGCUGACAGGCACCAAUUGUAGAUGAGUGGGAGGGGGGGGACCCCGGGCUGAGAGGCUCACUGUGGGCUGCCACUAAUGUGGGUGCAAGAGUG